GGCAGGGCACUCGGGCUGCAAUCCUAACCCCCGUUACCUCGGAGUUAGCCCCGCCGAAUUCAACAGGGCUUACUUCCAGGUAGCCAUAGGUUAGGAUCGAGCUGUUGCAAACUGGACUUUCCGCUUGCUGAACAGGGGCGGGGGAGCCCCUCUGGGGCAGCGCCCCCCUCGCCCGCGGUGGACACGUGGAAUUGCGUCCCCGCCUCCCCCGGUUUUUAACAGUUCCGACGUUCUGAGAGCGCAGAAUUCCGCCGCCCUCAGGAUUCCAGAGGGGCGUCCCCUGAACUGGCUCCACGUUGCAGCUGCAGCGAGGCCCGUCGAGGCAGCACUUCGAGCGGGGACGGGACUAACCGGCCGGGUUCCUCCUCCGCGCUGUACCAGGAAGGGACAAAGCGCAGGCUGUAGCAGCGUCCAGGCUUGCCCAGGAGCUGCCAGCUGAAAGUUACGGUGGCCGCUCUGUGUCUUUUCCCUACCCGUCGGCUGGGAGGAGGAGAAGGAGCGCCUCUGUCCCUCCGGCCCGACGUGGGCUCUCUGCCUGUGUGCGCCUUUGGAUACACACACAAAUACACCACCUCUCUCGGCCCGUUCCUCCCUCUCUUCCCUCUCCUGCUCUUUCCCGGCCGUCUCCUCCUCCCUCCCUCCUCCUCUUUCCCCUCCUCUUUCCCUUCCCCCAGAGUUGCCGGAGGAGGCCGGAGCAGGCAGGCAGGCAGGCAAGCAGGCAGGCGCGGUGCUCCUGUUGUGUGCGCGCCUCUCUCUCCCUUUCUCUCUCUCUCUGGGCUGCCUCCUCUCGGCCCAGGCGCACCGCAGCUGCCCAAGGAAGAGUCUCCCUUCCCUCUGCCCGGUGCGCAGCAGCCAUGAGCGGCGGCGAAGUGGUCUGCUCGGGCUGGCUCCGAAAGUCGCCGCCGGAGAAGAAGUUGAAACGCUACGCAUGGAAGAGGAGAUGGUUUGUGCUCCGCAGUGGUCGACUGACAGGGGAUCCAGAUGUGUUGGAAUACUACAAAAAUGACCAUGCCAAGAAACCAAUUCGUAUCAUUGACUUGAACUUGUGUCAACAAGUGGAUGCUGGAUUGACAUUUAACAAAAAAGAAUUUGAAAACAGCUAUAUUUUUGACAUCAACACAAUAGACAGAGUCUUCUACUUGGUUGCCGACAGUGAAGAGGAGAUGAAUAAGUGGGUUCAAUGUAUUUGUGAAAUCUGUGGGUUCAACGCUACUGAAGAAGAUGCUGUGAAGCUACCUGGCAGUUCUCUACAGGCGCCUGCCGAAUUGCCCUCGGCUGUCAACACUUCCCUGCCAUCCGUGCAAGCAGAACCAUCCCUACCUCCCCCAUACCAGCUAAUUAACAUCCCACCAUCAGAGUCCGCCUCAAGUCAAGAAGAUCCGCAAGACUACCUGUUACUAAUUAACUGUCAGAGCAAGAAGCCUGAACCCACAAGGUCACAGUCUGACACAGCAAAAACUGCCUCUUCAGAAACAGACUGCAAUGAUAAUGUGCCUUCCCAUAAAACAUCUGUACAGUCGCUGAACAAGCAUGCAGUGAAUGGGUUUUUUCAACAGCAAAGUGUCUAUGACUCUCCCCCGCCGAGAGCUGCCUCCGUAUCUGUGGAUGGCAGCCUUUAUAAUUUGCCAAGGAGUUAUUCGCAUGAUGUUUUACCGAAGCCAUCUCCUUCUGGGACUGAUGCAGAUGGAGAGCAACAUGUUUUCAGUGUUCCAUCUGCAGCAUCUUCUCUUGAUGCACAACUGAAGGCUUUCUCCAUUAGUUAUGACAUUCCCCCAACACCUGGAAGUACGUACCAGAUUCCACGAACUUUCCCAGAAGGAACAUUGGCUCAGAGUUCGAAGCUAGAGACUAUUCCAGAUGUCCCUCCACCUCGGCCACCAAAACCUCACCAUCCUUCAGACCGCUCACCUGUGGAGGUGUGCAAUAUCUCCCGCACUUCCUCAGACACUGAUAGCAGCUACUGCAUCCCUACUGGCGGAAUGCCCCCAUCGCGCAGCAACACAAUUUCCACCAUGGAUUUGAAUAUAUUUCGUAAAGAUAUGGGUUCUCAAGAUUGCUAUUUUAUUCCACGGACAUUUCCGAAUGACAGAUCAAGCUCAUUGGAAGGUUUUCAUAACCACUUUAAAAACAAAAGCCUGUUGACUGUGGGAAGCGUUUCAAGUGAAGAAUUGGAUGAAAACUAUGUCCCCAUGAACCCAAACUCUCCCCCGCGGCAGCAUUCUAGCAGUUUUACUGAACCUUUCCAGGAAAUGACGAACUAUGUGCCGAUGACUCCUGGCACUUUUGACUUUUCCCUGUUUGGAAUGCAAGUCCCUCCGCCAGCACACAUGGGGUUUAGGUCGAGUCCCAAGACCCCUCCCAGGCGGCCUGUGCCUGUUGCUGAAUGUGAACCACCACCAGUGGAUAGGAACCUCAAGCCAGACAGGAAAGGUCAGAGCCCUAAAAUUUUAAGACCUAAGCCACAUGGUUUAGAGCGAACAGAUUCCCAAACCAUAGGUGAAUUUACUACAAGAAGAAAGGUAAAACCAGCACCACUAGAAAUAAAACCUCUCCCUGAAUGGGAAGAAUUGCCAGCUCCAGUUAGAUCUCCGAUCACCAGAAGUUUUACACGAGAUUCCUCCAGGUUUCCUUUGUCUCCCCGACCAGAUUCAGUCCAUAGCACAACUUCCAGCAGUGAUUCACAUGACAGUGAAGAGAAUUAUGUACCCAUGAAUCCAAAUCAGUCCAGUGAUGAUCCAGUUCUGUUUGGGAGCAGCAGUCUUGAUGGGGGAAGUAGUCCUAUGGUAAAACCUAAAGAUAAGCAAGUGGAAUAUUUAGAUCUGGAUUUAGAUUCUGGAAAAUCUACCCCACCUCGCAAGAAAAAGAGCAGCGGUUCAGGCAGCAGUGUGGCGGAUGAAAGAGUGGAUUAUGUUGUAGUUGACCAGCAGAAAACACUAGCGCUGAAGAGUACGCGGGAAGCUUGGACAGACGGGAGGCAAUCCACAGAAUCUGAAACGCUAACUAAAAUUGUAAAAUGAAAAAAAAAGAGAACCCUCUUGUCAUCCUGCUCAAAUUUAUAAAAAGAGCUGCAGUUAUGCCAUUAACUGAUGGAAGAGUACUGGACAAUUCUUGAAUGUCCCCCCCCCCCCAGUUAUAUGAAAAUCAAGGUGAUACCAUGAGAUAAAACAGUAACCUGUGGCAUCUGGGUAGAUCAUGCAAUGUAAAAUAAUGUGUAAAAUAGUAUUGCUUAGGUCCCAGAGAAGUUUUGGCCUGAAGCUAACACAUUUGUAGUAUUACAAUGUCUUAUGCACUUUCCCCCCCGUUAAAAUGUUGGUUCAGCUUUCCCCGGCUAAUGUACUUCUAACACCUUUUUCUCCCAACACUACUAUAUUUUAUAGCAUUCUAGAAAGUAAGCUACUUAUGAUAUAGAAAUCAAGGUCUGAAGUGCGUUUUAACAGCUCAAAAAUGAAUUAAUAAGAAAUAGUUUCACAAUUUUAAUCUACUUGAAAUGUCAAGAGAUGAUUUGUUAAAUACCUAUGUUUUAUAUUUAAUACAUGCGAAGAAUAUUUGGAAGGCUACAGGUUACCUUCCUAACAGACAUGGCUGUGACUUAAUAAUAGUCAUUAUUGGUUUUAGGAUCUACCCUUCUGUCUUAUGCAAUAUCACACCAAUACUGGAGCUCCUAUUGUAGUUUCAUUUGUGACAGUGUUCAUAUUCAGUGAGCAAAGAUUCUGCAGGGAGGGAUCUUUUGUACUGAAGAAUUAAACUUUGCAUAGUCCUGCAAAUCACUGAUGGGGUGCAGUAAUGAGUAACCUUACACUUCAUUUGCAAACCAUUACUUUUACAUUAUUUACAGAAGGUAGGAUCUCUUGAGAUCAGGUACGUACAUAGCACUGUGGUGCUAACACACUUAUCAGGUUUAAACAACGAGUUUUAAGUUUUCUACUUCUACCAAGCCUUAAUAUUGGUUUUCAGUAUGAAAAUUAAAGAGACAGUUUGACAUUCACUGUUUGUAGUACUAGAAAAUACUGUGAUUUUUUUUUGGAGUAGAAUUCAGAUGGAAAUACUAUGAGCGUUAUUCACCAUAUUCACUGUAGACCUGUUGAAAUCAAUGGACUUAAUGUCCAGUGAGCUCAGUGGUUCAACUCUGACUUGGUAGGAUGUAAUCCUAGGUCUUGACACCAUAGUGCUCUUUUAAUGAUCCUUAUUAUGCCUAGUUUCCUGCUUGGCCUUAUAUUUAAAUUCCUAUGCAAUUGAUAUCUCUUAACAUUUUGUGUUGUUGUUUUUAAAGAAAGGUGGUAUGUUGAAGUGAUCUCAUUCCCUCUCUCCUUUUUUUUAUAAAGUUCUUUCCCCAGGUACAGAGUCCAUAUUGAGUACUUUGUUCUAUUAAUUCUCUACCCCUCUUUCAAAUAGCACCCUCCCCUAAAUUAGAAACCAGAUUUAGUUGCAAGGAAGAAAAUGUACACCUUAAUCAAUCCAUUAAUCUUGUUAUAAUGGCAAAUUACUAAUUCAUUCUCACACGGAUGCAUUAAAGUAAAUUCUUCUCCGUACCUCUUGAGUUACAAAUGAACAUAGAAAUACAUUAGUAUUGUUUUAAUGAAUGCUGGCCUUAAUACUGUGCCUAAUUUCCUGUUGUCACCCCCUCAAUAGUAUGUAAAUUGUCUUUAUUCCUAACAUGGUUUCUUUUUAAAUUAGAAAUAUUUUGAUGUUUUCAAUAUUUUUUUUUGUAAAAUAAAAACUAAACAUGUUUCAUUCUGAGAUGAAUUUUAAAUAAAUUCAAGUUGUUCUGGUUAA